AUGCCUUCACUUCCCGAUUAUUCUGCAUCUUUUGUAGUUGCAAAGAAAAGAAGUAAAGUGAAUGAAAAUGUAUUAAGAAAUGCUGUUAGUCGGACGUUACAAAUUAAAUGCAAUCGCAUGCGGACAUUUAUCGAUGAAAAUCACGACUCGUUGCAUUUACAUAUUAGCCAGCUGCGACAGUUUGCCGCAUCUACCGGUGGCUUAGUUCUGGAUGAAAUUCGUGCUCUUGUUUGGCCUGUUCUGGCAUCUUCACUUGUACAGGAUUCGUUCACUGAUCAGGAGACAGCAUCAACAUUUUCGGAUUCUGAUUUUGAAUCCGCUCAUUCCGACUUCACUUAUGAAGAACAUGACUCCACGAUUGACUCUGCUACCAUUUUGUCAAGUCCAACGUUGAAAGAUUUACAAAGUCAUCGUGAAUGGAACCAGGUGCAAAUGGAUGUUCAGCGCACACUGGCGCGAUUUCCACCUGAUAUAUCAGAUAAAGAACGAUGUACUUUGCAAGAAGAUCUAACUCCUUUGAUUGUAAAAAUUCUCUGGAGCUGUCCUCGAUUUCAUUAUUAUCAGGGUUUUCAUGAUGUUUGUUUGACCUUAUUAUUGGUGCUCGGUAAUGAGAAAGCAGAGCAUGUUGGUAUACUUUUGGCAAACAAUGGAAUUUUUAAGGGUUACCUUCUCAGAAAGCUAGAAGAUACCGUACUCAGAGAUCUUGAUUUGAUGCAUGUUUUGCUUUGGAAAGUUGAUGAAGAGUUGGAAAAGGUAGUACGUGCUGUAGAAUUAGGAUCAUUAUUUGCUUUAAGCUGGCCAUUGACGUGGUUUUCACAUGCUCUUCAUCACUACCACCAAAUAGUGCUUUGUUUCGACUUUUUCCUGGCUACUCAUGCGCUUACUCCCAUUUUUUUAACUUCUGCUGUCGUUUUGUGGCGAAGUAAUGCAGUCCUUAAUUGUUCUCGGGACAUGGCUUCUAUUCAUCAUCUACUGAAUGUAAUACCAAAUGAUAUCCCUGUUCAAGCACUAAUCAACGAUGCGCAAGAUCUGUUUCGGAUGUUUCCUCCAUCACGGUUACGUGGUCCGCUAAUGGAAGACUAUCAACAUCUUAUAAAUAUUAGUCGGAUAAGAAAACCGUCGUUUCCAAAGACAUCCCUUCGAAAGUGGUUAGUUGCUGGUACUGCUACUGCAGCAAUAUACGUCCUAUCAAGAUAUAUGUUUAUUACUUCUUCCUACUGA